CCCCCAAGUACCCAAGCCUUGGCCAAGCAGGGGCCCGUCAGCACGGAUGUUUUCCUACUCUGUAGAUCCCCUUGCAUCAGUCCCUUGAAACCAGACUGCGGGCCGCCCCAUCAACACCACGGCCCGCGUGUUUCUCAUUCUUACUUGGACUGUCGUGUUUGAGCUGAACAUCGGCCAACAUGAAGCUUCUUCCAAGUCUAUUCGUGGUCCUCUCGGCCAGCAGCACACUCAUUUCCGCCGUCAAGCUUUUCGAAACCCCAGGAGACAUCUCGACCUCUGUUCCCGCGAGAUGCCGUGUUGCGCUCACAUACAACAUUACUUGCGAUUUUCUGGUCACGACUGACCAGGCGCAGCAAGAGUACCAUCUCGUCGGCGAUGCCUUGACCGGCUACUGCUCUGAUAGCUGCUCGGAAUCCAUUGCAGAGUUCCAGAAGUCGGUCACCAGUGCCUGCGGCCACACGCUCUACGCUUUUCAGGAAGGUAGUGAGCGGAAGAGCUCUGCCCAGGCUCUGGCGGAAGGAUUUAGCUGGGCGCAGAACCUCAUGUGCAUUCAGGAAGGGGACGACUAUUGUCUAGGAGAUCUUUACAAUGGCACUGUGGAAGCCUGUUCCGACUGUAUCCUCCACUAUGGUGCCGUCAUGCAAGAGUCUCCCUAUGGCCGAUCCAGAUUCUCCGAAGCAUACUUCAAAAGGAUGCUCGAGAACUGCGAUGCAGAUCCUGAUGAUUAUCCUUAUACUUACACACCGGGACCUCCUGCGCCAACCACCACCACCGGCUCGCCUGAGCCGUCGCCCGAGCCCUCAUGCCGAGGCGAGACCUACACGUCCAAAGAAGGCGACGACUGCGAUGCAAUUGCUUUGUCAAAUUCAAUGUCAUCCUUCCGUCUCAUAGACGUGAACAACUUGGAUGCGCAAUGCCAAAUGCUUCAGCCCGGCAGGGAGCUCUGCAUUCGAGACACCUGUAAGCUGGCUACAAUCAAGCAGAACCAGACGUGCGACGAUUUUGUCCGGGACAAGGGCUUCAGCAUUGUCCAACUCAUGUCUUGGAAUCCAGAGCUAAAGACCAAAUGCAACACGAACAUCACGCCGAAUCUGGAUCAGUUCGAGGGGCGCCACAUAUGCAUCGAGCCCCCCGGCAAUGUCCCAUUCCCGACAACUUCAGAAUCCAUCUCCACGAGCCAUGCUCAGCUGUCGUCAUCCAUUUUCACCGGCUCCUGGGUUACCGGCUCCGUUGAGACAAGCCCGACUCGGGGUCCUAUCACACUCACGUCCGAGUUUGAUCCCACCUUCACUCCCCCGCCCGAAACCAUGACGUGGGACCCUGAUCUCGCCGACAAGGAAAACGAGUGGACACAAUGGUGCUGGAUCACCGAUGAAGACUGGCAAGAGGGCUUCCACCCGGACGAUCUCCCCGGGGCGUGCCAAAGCUUCUUCAGUCGUUGGUGCGAGUACGACACGGAGCUGCCCUCGCCUACCUCCAUGGACAGAUUCCCGGCAGUUUGCACGCCUGAUCGCUCCAACUACGGUCCGCCGCCCCCGCCGGUGGUGACGCCCAGUCCCAUUCAGAACGGUGUUCCCGAUAAUUGCAACAAGUGGCACUUUGUCGAAAAGGGGGAACUUUGCGAUUCCAUCGCCAAGGAGCACGAGAUCCCGGUAGACGACUUGUACGAGUGGAAUCCAGCUGUUGGCCACGACUGCACCGGGCUAUGGGCAAACGUCUACAUUUGUGUUGGCGUGAGCGAUUAAUGGAAAUGGGUCUGAGCGUAUGCAGAGGGCGACUGGCAAGUUCGCAGUGUCUUCAUUCACGCAAGGGACUCGAGCCCGACGGAGUGGGCAUUGGCUUUUAAGGUAGCAACUUUUGAGGUAGCAAGUGAUUUCUCCUAGCUCAGAUACAUACACUGGCUAUAUUAUACCUGAUUACGAUCUCAGGG